AUGUGUGUGAUUGAAGUUGAGAGGUCCAUUGAUAAGAUCGCUUAUGGUUCAUCACAACUGUUUCUUUUGAGCUAUUCAACGCACUCUGUUGAAGCAUAUGCCUCUGAUAAGAAGGCUAGUAAGACCUUGAAAGAUACUUACGAUGCACUAACCCAGGAAGGUUUCACCAGAGAGCAAGUAGAGACCGUGCUGAGGUCCCUGCCACAGGCUGCGGUGUCCUUAGAGUCCGCACUGGACUGGCUAUGUCUCAAGCUGCCAGCACACGAGCUGCCCCUAAAGUUCUCACGGGGCAUACGAACAAGCGUUGAAGAAAGUGGAGGCGUUCAGGUGCUUGCAACCGCUCGUCCUGGCGCUCCAUCUCGCAAGGAGGUUGGAGCCUCGGCUCUCGAGGAAAAAGAGGCGCUUCAAUCCCUCCAGAAGCCUCUGCUAGAUGCCAUUCCUGCCAGGAAAAUUGAGGAGGAUGGGAGGAAGGAACAAGCAGCAUGGAUUCGACAGUACUUGGAUAAACAGGAAGAGACGUCAGAGGAGGAGGAGUCAGCAGGGGGGGAUGAAGAUGACUGGGAGGUCUGGGCCGACCCUCGAGAGCGAGAGCGGCGAAAAGCGAGCCGGGCAGCCGCCGCCCUUGAUCCUGCGGUCAGAACGAGUCAGAUCGCGGAUGAGUAUGCUGCGGCCAAAAUGGAGGCUGGAAAGGCCAAGGCAGCAGGAGACAAGGCCAGACAACAAGCUGCAGGGAAGAUCAUACGGGAGCUCAAAGAGGAGAUGGCAAGGCUAGGGGUGAAAGAAGAUGAUCUUCAUUCGAAGCCGACAACGGGUUUCCAGGAGGAGGCAGGAGAGUCGAUGCCAGGAGCGCCGGCCGGCGCAAUUGCUGAAACAACCACAAGCGCUGAGGAAGGAGACUGGGAGUCGCUGGCUGUUUCGCCAGACACGGAACGUCCAGAUGUUCCAGAAGCAGAUCAUAUCUCCAGGGUAGAGGAGAUUGCGGGGCCAAGCGGAAGCAGCACUUCCGAAGUUCCAAAAAUUGUCUCCACGACAAGUACGAGCACUGAGGCGACCAGGGCGGAGGAGGAAGAGGGUGGGAUGUCGUCAAUGUUCGACGAGGACACUUCGGACGUGGGGCUUCCGGACUCGGUCACUCUGAUGCAGAAGCAGGCGCAGUUCGAGGAGCCGCUCGUGGCGUGGGGCACGGAGUCUGGGGGCAGCAAGGGUCGGCCUCCGGGGGGUAAGGGGAAGGGGCCUGCAAAGGGGGGCGGCGGGGGGGUGGACGUGCAACGGCUGCCGAAGGCGCUGUUGCAGCAGCACUGUCAGAAGGAGGGGUGGCCUGCCCCCCGUUUCGAGAAGCUGCCGGUUGGGGGCACGAGAAUCGAAGGAGGGGGGUAUAGAUACUCGGUGAGGGUCGAACGGCCGGGAAGGGGGAAGGGGAAGAGGGCGAAUGCGGGCCCGCUCGACGUGCAACUCCCUGCAGACGAGGACGGGUGGCCGAGCAUAGGCGACGCUCAAAAUGCCGCUGCGACAUUGGCCUUGUACGAAUUGGUGCGAGAUCAGCCGCUGUAUCGGAUACUGCCGCCGCCAUACAGCGAUAUGUGGAAAGGAUGGCAGCUGCAAGGUUCUGAGGCCCGGACGGAAGCUACCCAAGCCGCGGAACAGCAGCGCGCCGACUUCAUCAACGCGCUCGUCAGCGAGAAAGCGGCGACUGCCCCGACUCGAAGGGCAGAAAACGGUGGCCAAAGGCCCGAGGAAGAGAGCACCAGUGGCGACGAAGACAUGGACUGGUCUCAGCUGGAGACUGGCGAGACGAGCGAGGUUCAGCAACGCAAUGGGGAUCGCUUGAAGAGGGAACUAGAGGCGAGGGGGAGAACGCCGGGGUAUCAAAAGAUGCUGAAAGGUCGGUUGGGCCUGCCGAUCGCGAGGGUGCGGGACGAGAUACUGGGCGCCUUGCGUCAGCAUGACGUGGUCGUUGUGUCCGGAGAGACGGGCUCGGGAAAGACUACACAGGUCCCUCAGUACAUUUUGGACGCGGAGAUUGAGGCGGGCCGGGGCGGCGCCUGCAGCAUUGUGUGCACGCAGCCCCGGCGAAUCGCCGCUGUGUCAGUGGCGGAGAGGGUCGCCAGCGAAAGGUGUGAAGCGGCUCCGGGGGAGAACGGCGCCCUGGUGGGCUACCACGUCCGACUUGAUGCAGCCAGGUCCUCCGAGACCCGGCUGCUCUUCUGCACGACGGGCAUCCUGCUGCGGCGGCUGGCGGGCGACCGCGCUCUCGCUGACGUCAGCCACGUGGUGGUGGACGAGGUGCACGAGCGGACGCUGCAGGGCGACUUCCUGAUGACCAUCCUGCGCGAGCUGCUCGCGCGCCGGAACGGGGGUCGCAGCAGGCUGCCCCCGCUCAAAGUCGUGCUCAUGUCCGCCACUUUGGACGCGGGCCUAUUCUCCAGCUACUUCGGCGGCUGCCCGGUGGUCAGCGCCGAGGGGCGCACCUUCCCCGUGCAGAUGCACUGCCUGGAGGACAUCUACGAGCGGCUCGCCUACAAGCUGGCCGCCGACUCGCCCGCAGCACAGCGUGAGGGCGCGGGUAUGAGAUUUGCACAUGCGUCUCGCAGCAAGAUGGUGGGCGGGAACCAAGACAAGAACAAGCUGAUCAAGGCCGGCUGGGGGGACGAGCUCAAGGCCGGGGGCGGGGACCAGGUUCUCAACCCGAACUACGACGAGGAAUUGUACCAGGACUUCAGCAGCGCUACCAGGAAGAACCUGGCGAGGCUUGACGAGGAGCAGAUUGACUAUGAUCUGCUGGAGGACCUCAUUACGCACAUCGACGAGUCGGGGGACGACUUUGGCGAGGGCGCCGUGCUGGUGUUCCUCCCGGGCAUCGCGGAAAUUCAGAGCCUGCUGGACCGCCUCUCCGCAUCCCGCCGCUUUGGCACGCCGGAGAAGUCGCAGUGGCUCCUUCCCCUCCAUUCAUCCGUCUCGCCGAGCGAGCAGAGACGCGCGUUCCAAACACCUCCUCCAGGCAUCCGAAAGGUGGUGGUGGCGACCAACAUCGCGGAGACGAGCAUCACGAUCCCGGACGUCGUCGUGGUGAUUGACAGCGGCCGCCAGAAGGAGCAGCGCUACGACGCCAAGCGCGGCAUGGCGUCCCUCGUCGAGGCCUGGGUCUCCAAGGCGAACGCGCGACAGCGCGCCGGCCGGGCGGGCCGCGUCCGGCCCGGGACGUGCUUCACGCUGUACACGCGGCGACGGCUGGAGUCGCAGAUGCGGCCCUUCCAGGCACCCGAAAUGGCGCGCGUGCCGCUCGCGGAGCUGUGCCUGCAGGUCAAGCUGCUCAAGCUGGGGACCGCGGGCGAAGUGCUGGCCAAGGCCAUAGAGCCGCCGAAGGCAGAGUCGGUCGAGGCGGCGGUGGGGUCCCUGCGGGAGGUGGGCGCUCUGGACGAGAAGGAAGAGCUGACGCCGCUGGGGCACCACCUGGCAGCACUCCCAGUCGACGCGCGCAUAGGAAAGAUCAUGAUCUACGGAGCCAUCUUCGGCUGCCUCUCGCCGGCCCUGACCGUUGCCGCGUGCCUCAGCUACAAGUCGCCUUUUGUCACGCCUAGCGAUCAGAAGGAUGCAGCGGAGCAGGCACGGACGAGCCUGGCAGCCCCGGCCGUCCGGGGAGAGCGCCCAGGGAUUGCCUCCGGGCAGCAGUCGGACCACUUGGCCAUGGUGGCCGCGUAUGAGGGGUGGAGGCGGGCGGUCGGGACGGGCGGGGCGCCGGGCAAGCGGGCGGGGCGAGAGCACUGCAGGAAGCACUUUUUGAAUCAACAGACCCUGGAGAUGCUCGCGGACAUGCGCGCGCAGUUUGCGACGCUCCUGGCCGACAUCGGCUUCGUAGCGGACGCGACCGACUCGGGGGCCGGGCGCGGGCGGCGACGCGACGCUGCUCAGCUGGCGGAUGACGUCAGCAGGCCGUGGAACGCGCACGCGACGCACCCGGCUGUGAUCAAGGCUGUGUUGUGCGCUGGCCUGUACCCGCACGUGGCGGCCAUUGACAAGGACAGCCUGGCAGCAGGGCACGGGCUGACGGGCAGUGGGAAAAGGCCCCGCUGGACGGAUGGGCACGUGGAGGUGGCGAUUCACCCCUCCAGCGUAAACCACAUGGUCACCGAGUUCAAGCGGCCUUUCCUAGUGUUCCACGAAAAGGUCCGGACCACCCGCGUCUUCCUCCGGGACUGUACGGUCGUCUCCCCAUAUGCGUUGCUGCUCUUUGGGGGCCCCGUAAUGGUGCUGCACCAGGAAGGGCGCAUCGUGGUCGACGGCUGGCUGGACAUGAACGCGCCAGCACAGACUGCGGUCCUCUUUAAGGAACUGCGGAAGAAACUCGACGCCUUCUUGGUCGGCAAAGUCGACCGGAAGAGGUCGUCAACGGCGUCCUUCGACAAAGAGCUGAUGGAAUCUUUAGCUCGGCUCUUGAUUGACGAGGACAAGCCGUCGAUAUGACGCUGUCAGAGCGGGGAAUUGAAAAAUUGAGGCGUAAGGCCGGUCGCCUCUGUGCUUUACACAACAUGGCCAUUGUUUGAAUCAAAAUCGCGACCCUCGCGUGUCACGGUG